UUCUUUUCCGCCCACCCGGUUCGCGCCGCGCGCCGCGCCUUCCGCAGCAGGACCCACCGGCGGCGGCUACUGCUCCGCCCGCCGCCCGUGCCAGCCAUCGAUGUGGAAGCGCCUCCUGGAGUCGACGAAGAAGGCGAAGGCCGCCGCAGCCGCGGCCUCCCCCGAGCUGGCCACCCGGAAGCUCCCUUCCUCCAGAGACCGCUCCGCCGGCUCCCCGGUCACCACGGUAACCCCCGCCACCCUCCGCCGGCUCAAGAAGGUCACCUUCUCCAAGAAGAAUACCUUGCCCUCCUCCCUCCCUCAGGCCCUCACGCAUGAUGAGGACGAAGACAGUUACGGGGACUUCACCAAGGAUAUCCUAUCCAUCUUAAAUGGGCCUGAUGACGAGGAAGAGUCGAGGGAGAAGGAUGCGUCGGCGGAGGAGUCCGGAGACGCUGAGGAUGCUAUCUGCAACAAGAUAUUGGACAUGGAGUGGUUCGCGGCGCCGACGCCAAGUAGCAUGAUGGUGCACUUGCGGAAGGAGGUGGCGAGGGAGAAGAAGAAGCGCUACAUCUUCAAGAACACGGAGAGCCGCCGCUUCACCAGGAUGAUGCGGAUGUGCGCCGACAAGCUCGGCGCGGAGUCCGCGCUCGAGUUCUUCGGGAGGCUGGGGAGGGAGACAGGGUUGAAGGAGUUCAAUGCGUUGAUUAGGGUUUGUUUGGAAAAGGCGAGGGCUUGCGGGGAGGUUGACUCGGCGGUGGAGCAUAUUUUCCGGGCAUACCGGCUUUUUGAGAUGAUGAAUGAUAGGGGGUAUCAGAUCGAGGAAGAAAUUUAUGGGCCAUUCCUCUUGUAUCUGGUGGACGUGGGGCUGAUGGAGGAAUUUGAGAUGUUCAGUGCAUUUUUUAAGGAUACAAAUCCACGGUCUUACUCCAGGAUAGCUUAUUAUGAGAUGUUGGUUUGUAUCAGAACUCACGAUGAAGAAAACAUUCAAAAACUUUGCCACUCUCUUGAAGACUGCAAUGAGAAAGCUCACUAUGGCGUGGCAGAAAGUUAUAUGCUGGCCUUCGCUGAUAGCAACAGAAAGAUGGAUUUUAUCAGCUUAUUGGAAUUACUUGAUCCAACAAAACUGUCAGGCUCCAAGUAUAUUUAUAGUGUAUUCAAGUCUAUGGGUAGAUUGGAACUGGAGAAUCAUGCUGAGAAACUUCUUCAGGAGAUGACGUCAAAAGAACAUGCCGAUGGAAAAGUUUCAUCCUUAAUUUUUGAGUAUGCUGCAAACAUACCAAACAUAGUGGCUGAAGAUGUUGUAGCAGCAUUUAAUAAAUGGCAAGAUAAAUUUAAGCUACCACCUUCUGUUGUUGCAUAUGACAAGAUCAUUUCUUUCUGUUGCAACUCAUCAAAGAUCAGCUUAGCUCUUGAUGUAGCGGACUGCAUUUGCAAAUACAAUCCUGAUGUGCCGAUUGAAUUGCUUAAUCCGAUAAUACAUGCCUGUGAACAAGGCUAUGAACUUCACAUGGUUUGGCCCUUAUAUGAUUUGAUGAGUCGCCAAAAGUUGAAAUUGAGAAUCGAAACAUUCAGGAGCCUGAUAAAUAUAUGUGUAAAGAUGAAAGAUUUUGGAGGUGCUUACAAGAUACUCACAGAUGCAGAAGAAUCUGGGGAGACAUCCACCGUAAGCCUGUAUAACGUUAUCAUGUACGGAUAUUUUAGGGAGAAAGAUCACAGAGGAGCACAAAUGGUCAUGGAGCAAAUGCAAAAUGCUGGAGUAAAACGAGACUCUGAAACAUUCAAUUAUCUGAUCUUGAACUGUGAUUCUGAAGAGAAAAUUUCAAAGUAUAUUGAUGAAGUACGGCAAGAUGGAAUUGAAAUGACCAAGCAGACAUAUAUGGCACUCAUUAGUACAUACUCAAGAUUUGGGAAUUUUGACAUGGCCAAACAGGUUGUCCUGGAUAAGGAAAUACCGCCUAAGUACCUUGGUGAAGUUAAGAGCGCGCUUGUAGGAGCGCUUGCGUCAAAUGGGAAGGUAUCUGAUGGACUUGACAUGUUUGACGAAAUCAAGCAAUCCGGAGGCUGCCUUGAACCAAAGGCUGCAAUAGCCCUGAUUGAGCAUACUCAAACAGAAGGCAAGUUAGAUAGACUGUAUCAGCUUCUGGAGGAUCUAAGCGAGCCAAGCAGUUGGUUUGAUGGGUGCAGCAGAGUGCUUCUGUACUGUGUUCAGCACAAUCACCCUGAUGCCGCUGUUGACUUACUUAAGCAGCUCAAGGAAAAAAAUGAAACGAGUACUUACAUGGUUGUUGAUCAGGUCUUUUGCCAAAUAUGGGAAAUGGAGCCUGUAAAUUUGGAUGUUGGAAUGACGCUUCUCCAUGCUGUGAAAGAGCUCGGGCUUAAUCUUUCACGGACAAGUCUUGAUUUUCUUCUCAGCACAUGUGUAAAGGCAAAGGAUUCACGACGUGCCCAUCAAAUCUGGACAGAAUAUGAAUCUUCUGGCCUUCCACACAACGUGCUGACUUCACUGAGGAUGUGCCAGGCUCUUUUUUCGUCUGGACAACGGACGGCGGCUGGAAAGUUGUUGCGAAAAAUACCAAUUGAAGAUCAUCAUGUGCGUUACAUAAUAAAUUCUUGCAAAAUGACAUAUUACAGCCAGGGCUAUAAACCUUCUGCUGCCAUUAGGCCCAGUUCAGGAAAAAUAGCUGCUACUGAGGUAUAAGAGAUGCAUUACUUUGCCACUUAUGCCACAAUGAAAUACUAAAAUGAAAUGGAGCCAAUUGUUCCGUCUAUCCAA